AUGUCCAAGCCAACAAUCGUCACCGUCCACGGUGCAUGGCACAGUCCGGCCCACUUCGAACCUUUGGCCAGAAUCCUGCGCCAACAUGGGUACACAGUCGUGUCCGUCAGCCUGCCUUCCGUCGUCGACAGGGGCACAACCCCGCUUGAGGAUCCAAGAGAUGAUAUUCGUGCAGUCAGAGACGUGGUUGUGCAGAUUCUUGAUGCUGGUGACGAUGUGGUGCUUGUUCCGCACAGCUAUGGAGGCAUUCCAGCCUCAUCGGCGGUGAGGGCUCUCGAUUCCAGGAGUCGGUCCGCAGCCGGCAAGAGCACUUCGGUUAUAGGCGUCGCCGCCAUCUCCGCCUAUGUCGCCCGCGAGGGUGACGACAUCGCUACGGCUCAGGACUUACCGUCUGGAGAGCGAGCCGAGUUGUACGCGAUUGACGGGUUGAACAAUUACAUUCAGUCGGAGCUCAAUCCACACAAGCUCUUCUACGCCGAUAUACCCGAGAGUGAGGCAGAGAAGUGGACGGCCAUGCUCCGACCAAUGCUUCGCACCGCAUUGUGGACCAACAAGUCAGAGUACUCGGCACACAAGGACAUCCCGAUCCAUUACUUGGUAUGCAACCAGGAUCGGGCCCUCCCCAAGGAUACCCAGUGGCUGUUCAUCAAUAAAGUGCGUCAAGACGGAGGAAGCGUGAGGGUCGAAGAGGUCGAGGCCAGCCACUCGCCUUUCCUGAGCAUGCCCGAUCGCACCAGUGACUUCAUCAGACGAAGCGCAGGGGAAAAUCUGCCUGCAUGA